AAUUGCAAACAAUAUGAUCUGUCAAAAACGAAGUUAGGUUAAGGUUCCCAUCGUGAUGAUUGAUGACGGUAGCAUAAGAACGAAUGAGAGGUGUAUGUCAUAAAGUAAGCAGCAAAGGGCCACGACAAUGAGAAAUAUAGUUAGUGAAAUAAAAGACAUGUCUGUAUGGCGAAUACUGGCUGCCGUUUGCGCUUCAGUUACAUUUGUCCCGUUCUCGAUAUUCACUGCCUACGAUGCAAUGCAGAGGCGCCGUCUUAAACACAGAUUAAGAGACAAGGUGGUUCUUAUAACAGGUGCUAGCUCUGGCUUAGGUGAGGCACUGGCCCAUGCUUUCUAUCAGGCUGGAUGCAGGGUGAUUCUUGCAGCAAGACGUGAAGAUGAGCUCCAAAGAGUCAAGAAUGCUUUGUUAACUACUCAUAAUACAAAAGUUACACAUCCUCCUGUUGUGCUGCCUCUGGAUCUUUCUGAUCUGAAUGCUUUACCAGGGAAGAUUGCAAAAGUCCUUGAGAUAGUUGAUCGUAUUGACAUUUUAAUAAAUAAUGGAGGUAUCAGUUAUCGUGGCAAUGUGUUGACUACAUCUGUUGAUGUUGAUAUUAAACUUAUGCUGGUUAAUUACUUUGGACAAGUGGCACUUACAAAAGCGGUCUUACCAUCCAUGAUCGAAAAACAGAAUGGACACAUCGUUGCCAUUAGCAGUGUCCAAGGAAAAAUAGCAAUUCCAUACAGAUCAGCCUAUGCUGCAUCAAAGCAUGCCCUUCAAGCAUUCUGUGACACACUGAGAUCAGAAGUUGCAUCACACAAUAUAAAUGUCACUGUUGUGAGUCCUGGAUACAUACGUACGAAGUUGUCAUUAAAUGCAUUGACAGGAAGUGGACAGGCUUAUGGAGUAAUGGAUGCAACUACAGAAAGUGGUUCACCGGCAGAGAAAGUGGCAGAAGACAUACUUCAUGCUGUUGCUGCAGAAAAGAAGGAACUCAUCACAUGUCCAUUUCUCCCACGAAUUGCAAUACUGAUCAGAACACUUUAUCCAGAUCUGUACUUCUGGCUGAUGAAAAAGAGAGCAAAGCCCCAUUAGCAGUGUAUGUUUAAAGGCUUAGUAAGAGUUAUAAUGUGAAUGUUGAAGUUUUUAGAUUUUUAUAUUAAAUUAUUGUUUUUUUCUUAA